AUGGCAUCAACACGAAGACAAGAAGAAGCGCGACCGCUUCUCUCCUCCGCCUCAACCCAGACCGCUGCGUACGAUGCUACAUCAAUAACAAACCGAAACGCACCACCAUCACAACAACCGGCAGCAGAGGAACGAAAAGCAACACCUCUCCCCCUCCGUCAACUCUUCAUCCUCUGCUUGAUGCGUUUAUCUGAACCUGUCUCAUUCACCGUCAUAUUCCCGUUCGUGACACCUAUGCUCCGCUCAAACCUCUCUUCUUCCAUCCCAGACUCACAGCUUGGAUACUAUGCAGGCAUAGUUGAAUCUUCCUUCGCAUUUGUUCAGUUCCUGACCAUCUUUUUCUGGGCGCGACUAUCCGAUAGAAUUGGACGCAAACCAGUCCUUCUCAUAGGCUUGUUCGGUUCCUUUCUAUCUGUCAACGCAUUUGGGUUGGCAAAGACGUUCCCGCAGAUGGUCGCAGCGAGAAGCAUCGCUGGGUUGAUGAAUGGCAACAUUGCAAUCCUCAAAAGCGUUUUGGCGGAGGUGACUGAUGAGACGAAUCAAGCGAGAGCGUUCAGUCUCAUCCCGCUUUGCUUUGCAGUAGGCAGCAUCGUGGGCAAUGGUUUGGGUGGGUGGUUAGGCGGAUAUGGAAUGGGAAAAGAGGGCUGGCUAGGAGAUCAUCCUUGGUGGUUACCUUGUGGUAUAGCCUCCUGCUUCAACCUCUUAGCUAUCAUCACCGGGUUCAUGUUCCUCAAAGAAACCCUCCCUCCCAAGAAACCCAAACCAACAACACAAACAGAAGCAGUGCAGCAAGAAGCAGCACCCUCCAUCCCGACCCUUCUCUCCUCUAAAAGCAUUCGUCGAAUCCUCACCACCCAAUACUGCUUAAACUUCCUAAAUGCAUGCCAUGCAGCCCUACUCCCACUCUUCUGCUACACGUCCAUCUCUCACGGUGGUCUUUCCUUCUCAUCACGCGAUAUCGGUUCAAUCCUCGCACUCGAUGGAGCUUUAACAAUUCUCGUCCAACUCGCCCUAUUCCCCACUCUCGAACGCCGUCUUGGUGGGCCCCUCCCAGUGUAUCGAAGGGUUACUUCAGCUCUACCGUUUUUAUGGUUGUGUUUCCCGCUCGCACAUUUCCUCGCUACUACAUCCCCCGCAAAAACACUCCCAAUGGCCAUGCUAGUGCUGGCAAUCGUGCUAAAAGGAUGGAGCAAUAUGUCCAUCGUCUGCUCUAACCUCUUAGUUAGCAAUGCGGCGCCGAAUAGAGCUAGUUUGGCAACGCUAAACAGCGUAUCUCAAAUGGCUGGAUGCUUGAGUAGGACCAUUGGUCCAAGCUUCAGCACAAGCCUAUUCGCCUUUUCCACAAGUAAGAACUUGUUGGAUGGACAAGCGAGUUGGGUAGUUAUGUGGGCAAUCAGCGCCAUCACUUGGCUUGUUACGCUUCGAAUGGAGGCCCCGCAGGAGGCUGUUUGGCGUCGAAAAGAGUCUCGAGCACAAGCAUAG